AUGUGCUGCUGCUGUUGCGGCGACGGCGAUUGCCGGCCGCUGGGGUGGCUGCUCGGACUGCCGUUCGCGCUGGUCGCCGUCCUCAUCUCCAUCGUCGGGGCCGUCAUCUGGAUCAUCGGGCUCCCGAUCUCCUGCAUCUGCCCGUGCUGCCUGUGCGUGACGCUAGUGCUGGAGGCGGCGGUGGAGCUCAUCAAGGCGCCGUUCCAUGUCAUGGUCUGGUUCACCUCCAAGAUUCCCUGCUAG